GGUCAAUAUAAGUCUAGUGAAACUAACCGUGAAUCAUUCAAAACUGUUAAAUUGUACCAAAGUCAUAAUUAAGGUUAGAUUUCUAUGAAAAAAGAUAUUUAGGUAUAUAAUGAAACUUCCUUACUUCGUAGUAUUCAAAUCGGUGCAAAAUUAGCUUGGACGUACUUCUAUGUACUCUUUGACUAACCAUACUUCUGCCAUACUUCGAUUUGUUGUGUAAGAAGAUUUUAUUUAGUUUGAUUUUCCUCUCUAUUCAGUUUUUUUUUCCCCCGAUUAUUUCUAAUUAAUAUUUUUAUUAUUUUGUGGUUUGCGGCUGCUGACUGACUUUUAGUAAUUAUUAUAAUGUCUUAAUUUCAAUGUUGACAUUGACAUUAUAUUUGCACGCUUGCUUGCAAGCAAAAUACACAUUGUACUCGUAUUUGAAUAGUUCUAUAGUACAUUGUGCGACGAGGGGGGUAAGUUAAAUUUUGGAUACCACCCUCGUUAUGAGGGUGGAAAAGAAGGGAGGGAGGGAAUUAAAUACCUGAGUUUGCAAUAUUCUUACCCCCGGCGUUACACACAAUGUUUUUCAUCACACUUGCAAAGAAAAAACUAAAUUUUAAGCGAAAUAAUUCUUAAAUACGGUGACAUAUCAAACAUUCGUCCGCCAUUUUGUAAUUUCUUGGCAGGUGAAGCAUCGAAGGCACAGACCUAUUCGGCAUUCAGCCGCGAUUGAAAAUUAUUUUAAACGGCUGUUAAAUUAAUCAAAUUAUUUUUUUUUAAACAUAAACAAAAAUAUUAUAAACGUCAGUAUUUUACAAGUAAAACUCAUUUAUGGUACUUUUUUUUAUACUACGUCGGUGGCAAACAAGCAUACGGCCCGCCUGAUGGUAAGCAGUCUCCGUAGCCUAUGUACGCCUGCAACUCCAGAGGAGUUACAUGCGCGUCGCCGACCCAAACCCCCCCUCCCCCUUGUUGAGCUCUGGCAACCUUACUCACCGACAGGAACACAACACUAUGAGUAGGGUCUAGUGUUAUUUGGCUGCGGUUUUCUUUAAGGUGGAGGUACUUCCCCAGUUGGGCUCUGCUCUAGAUCUGGAAUGACAUCCACUGUGCUGUGCCCUACCACACAAAGCGAGAUGAUAUUCACAAUGCCCAUACUUCUCUUUUGGACGUAGUUUAAGGACGUACCUGGUCCAGUUUCAUUUCAAGCCAGUGUAACAGGCGCCACAAUGAGUUGGCCGUCGGUGACAGUGGACAUGUUCAAAUCAAACUCCACCGUUCUAAAUAGGAGCAUGACAUUACUCGAGAUAUCGUUGUUCGGAAGCGUGAUCAACGUAGGAGGCUUGGUCACGGCACCGUUCUGUGGUGUAGUCUUCAACAAGUUGGGGCGGAAAUAUGGGUGUGUGUUUUUCGGUAUGCCGUUCCUGCUAGGCUGGGCUAUAAUUUCCAUCACAUCUGACGUAACAAUGGUGUUGAUAGCGAUGGCGCUGUCAGGCAUUGGCGCUGGCGGCCAGGCUGUGUCGCCGAUAUUCAUCGCGGAACUUGCUGAAGACUCGGUGCGGGGUGGACUGUCGGCUUGUUCAGGAACUGGGUACUUCUUCGGCAUCUUGCUGUGCUUUAUUAUCGGCGGAUAUUUCUCUUACCGAACUAUGGUCCUCAUCCAGCUCUCGAUGUCAGUAUUGAGCAUUGCUCUUUUUAUGACGCUAAAAGAGUCGCCAGUUUAUUUGGUACUUAUCGGGAAAUAUGAGGAAGCAGCGAAAUCAUUAGCGUUUUACAGAUGGACUGAUGUGUCAUCCAAGGAAAUCCAAACUGAACUAGCGAAGAUCAAACGAGACGUGGACCCGAGCCUUGAUAACUUCCUCUUACAGGAAUCUCAGCCAGCUGCAGCUGUUCUUUUAGAAGAAAAUGUUCCAAAGGCAACUGGAAAAAAUACUCAAAAUAGUUUAAUAUCGCAAAUCAAGUUCCUAUAUAACUCAAAAUCCUCGAAGAAGGCGUUGUUCGUGACAUCAUCCCUGGUGUUCAUGUCGAUCAUGAUGGGGUCACUAGCUGUCCAGGUGUACGCUGAGCCUUUGUUCAAGUUAGCAGUACCUACGUUGCCACCCAACAUGUGCGCUAUCUUCUUGGCUAUUCUGUUUCUGAUAACUAGCUUACUUUGCGUAUUGCUGGUGGAUAGAUGCGGAAGGAAGGUACUGACUAUUGUGUCUGCCCUGGGCUCUGGGCUAUACACUCUCCUCCUGGGCACGCAGCUGCAACUAAGCUGGGCACCUCACUGGUUCUCAGCGCUACUCAUCUACGCCUACAGCUUCGUGUACACACUCGGGGCUGCCACGGUCCCGUUUAUCAUAAUGUCCGAAGUUUUCUUACCUGAGGUCCGCGGCCUCUGCAACAGCAUCGUGACCGUCGUCCAAUGGAGCAUGAACUUCAUCGGCCUCAUGCUCUUCGAGAUGCUGCAACCGCUCGUCGGGCCCGGACCCAUCUUCUAUGCCUUUAGCGUCGUCUGCUUCUCGUGCGUAAUAUUCACGUGGCGCCUGCUGCCCGAAACCAAGGGCUUAUCCGUGGACCAGAUACAAGUAGCGUUUUCAAAGGGAAAUAAAUGAAUUAAAUUUU